AUGUAUUCCGUGCACGAAAUCGUCACCCAACCGGAGGACAUAAAGCUGUGCAUAAUCGUCGAGUGUAGCGGUACAGUUUUGACCCGCGUGACCAGGACCAUUCCCUUCGAGGUGUUUCCAACAAGAUGGACGAGCAUGUUCAGGAACCUCUGGUCCGGUGGAAGAUUAUUGGAAUGGCCACGAAACAGUGCAGAGUAUUUCUUGAGACUAGUAGCUGCUCCGGACACCAGGAAGAAGAUGGCAUUCGAAUUCGGACCUGACGAUGGACCGCGUGCUGCAUAUGCUUAUCAAAACCGCUAUGGUUAUCGUGGACAGUGGCUGAUCGAGUUACUGGGCUCUGGCUUUCAUCCCGAUAGUGUACCUUAUCGACAACCACUACCACCAUCUGUGUUGGUCCCUCCGGCACCUCCUCUGUGAUAGCGUGCGAUAUCACAAAACGGAUGGAAAACGAGUGAUAGAAUUUAAACGCGUUUAGAGUAUUAAUAAUUGUUCUUGAAGACUAUGCUGUUCU